GGAAGGAUGGCUGCCUCGGGCUCCUUUCCACUGCUGAUAGAGGGGUCCUGGGGCCUGGAUCCCCCAAAAAACUUGAGGACCAGAUUGCAGCUGUACUUCCAGAGCCGGAAACAGUCAGGAGGCGGGGAAUGCGAGGUCCGUCUGGAGGCUGGGAGCCCACCUCGCUUCUUGGUGUUCUUCUCCCAGGAGGAUGUUCAACAGAAAGUUCUUCAGAGAGAGAACCACAAGUUAGUAUGGCCAGAAAAAGGAACAUUCAAGUUAACUGUCAAGUUGCCCACUGCCCCAGAUAAAGCCCAGGCUUUUCAGGGGGAAAUUCCAAAAAGAGAAUCCAAGACCCAAGGCCAUGCCAAAGAGCCAGAUAAAUUAUAACAUUUAGUAAAUUAUUUUUUAUUGUCAGAAGAACUGGAUAUAAAACCCCCUCUCAACAGAAGAUCAGAAGAAAUGGAAGCUCUCGGAGCAGAAUGUGAAAGCACUUCUUUGGUUGCAUUUGAAAAUCUCCAGACAACUAUGACUGAAGUGAUGUUAAUCUUGUUAGUAGAGAAUAUAAGUGGCCUGUCCAGUGAUGACUUUGAAGUAGAAAUAAUUCGAGAUUUUGAUGUUGCCGUAGUUACGCUUCAAAAAUACAUAGAUGUCAUGAAAUUCAUUGCUGAUUGUGCCAAGAACAAGAUCGUAAAACAACUUCAGCUUUCUCCAAGACUACUUGAAGUGACAAAAACAAUCAGGGUGGAAAACCUGCCACCUGAUGUUGAUGUCUGUGAUUUGAAUCGUCUAUUUGAAAAUCCUCGUAAUGGAGGGGGAAGAAUUGCCAGAAUUGAAUGUUUUCCUGAAGAGAGUUCAGCUCUGAUUGAAUUUUUUGACAGAAAAGUGUUCAACACCAUCAUGACCAAGAAACUUGAGCUCAAUAGAAUGCUGCUCUCUGUGUUCCCAUACUACCGUUCCUUGGGCACAGCCUUGUAUGGAAAGGAGAAGCCUCUGAUCAAGCUUCCAGCACCCUUCAGAGAAUCUCUGGGCCUUCCCUUGUGGGAGUUCUUACACAAGAACCACCACCUGAUUGAGGAGAUAAAUGAUGAAGUGAGACGCUGUCACUGUGAGCUCACGUGGUCCCAAAUCAAUAGGGAAGUUAUCAUCAGACCUGCACCCUCCUUGCUCCAUCAAGGAAGACAGAGAAUCAAGAGCUGGCAGAAAACUGCUUCCUCAACCUUUGCUCACAUCAGGUCUAAAUAUAAAGUCUCCUCAGUUAAGUUGGAUAACAUAGUAUGGGACACCAUAAAACGUGACUUAGAAGACAACAGGGUGAUGGUUGGGUUUGAUACACUGCUGGAGAUCAUCACUUUGGUGGGGAGAUCAGAGGAUGUACAAAACAUGGAGGCACAACUCAUAGAAUUAACAGAAGGCGCCAUUCAAAGAAUUAAAAGGAAACAGCAAAGUCUGAAGGAAAAAGUGUCCCUUUCUCCAGGGAGAUUUUCUCUCUUGUGCCACAGUGGUACACUGGAGAGUUUCUGCCCGGAAGACCCAAAGGUGGAGAUUCUCUAUGACAAAGCCUCUCAGCACAUGGUCAUCAAAGGGCUCUCUGAAGAUGUGUAUAAGAUGAAGAGUGAAGUCCUGGAAAAAGUGCACGCCAUGGUUCAGAAACAUAUUGAGGUUCCACCUGAGAUCUUACAGUUUUUACAACAGGUAGACUCUGCAGAAUUCUCUAAGUCUCUUUUUAUAGCACAGAAAAUUCUUGCAAUUUAUGAGCUAAAGGGUCCAAGUGUUCUCUUAACCAGUUGUUCUUCUGAAGUCCUAUUAGAAGCUGAAAGUCAUAUCACCAGAGCCUUAACUUAUCAGCGCAUAGAUGUUGAGAACAGAGAAGUUCUCCAUGGCAGGAAAUGGAAAGGAUUCACUCACAGCUUGCUUAUCAAACAUAACUCCUCUUCAAAGACUGUCAUAAUCAAUGAGUUAACUUCAGAUGUCAACUCUGAGGUCAUCGUGGCUGGCUGUGUGAGAGCAGUAAAAAUAAUUUAUGAAUUGCUUUUUGACUUUCUGGACAAACACAUGGUCAUAGAGAGGAUGAUUGAAGUAAAGUUAUCCUUAAUGAAUGAUUUCUUAAGGAAAGAAAAGAAAGCAUUAUGGCAAAAGGUAAAGAAAACAAAUCUGCAGGUAGUUUUUAAUCCUGAGAACAAACCAAAAGGCAUUUUGCUAAUUGGUCUAAAGACUGAAGUCCUGAAGGGUAUCAACCUCAUCAAGAAAGCCCAUGAUUCUCUCUGUGUAAAAAGCAUCCAUAUUGACCAGCCAGGAGCCAGGCAGAUAUUUCAGGAAAGAGGACCGUUUUAUAGAAGUGAGGUCAAAAGGCUGUUUGGUUGUUUCAUCGAACUACAGGAGAAUGAAGGAAAGGAGGGAGGCGCCGAUGGGCAGAAACGCUUCUGUCGGGCAGACUUGGCCCCUGGAGUGUCCCUGGUUGUGCAGCAGGGAGACCUGGCAGGGUUUCCUGUGGAAGUGGUGGUGAAUGCAGCCAAUGAGGAGCUCAAGCUCAGUGGAGGCCUUGCUGCUGCUCUCUUAAAAGCAGGGGGCCCUGAGCUCCAAGCCGACUGUGACCAGAUAGUGAAGAGAACUGGCAAGAUCCUACCUGGCCGAGCCACCAUCUCCAAGCCAGGCAAGCUCCCAUACAGACACGUGAUCCAUGCAGUCGGGCCCCGGUGGAGUGCACAGGAGGCCCAGAGGUGUGUGUCUGAGUUGAAGAGCGCUGUGGAGGAAAGUCUUCGUUUGGCUGAAAAGCACAAUUGUCAGUCCAUCGCCAUCCCUGCUAUUAGUUCUGGAAUCUUUGGUUUUCCCUUGCCUCAGUGUGUGGAGACCAUCGUUUUGGCUGUCAAGGAGUAUUUCCAACACAAGUCAGAUGGAUGUGCCUUGAAGGAAAUCUACCUGGUGGAUACAGCUGAGAUGACUGUGAAGGCCUUUGCCAGCGCUGUAAGAGCUCUGUUUAAAGACACCCGACCUGAAGCUGAUGCCGCUUCCCUGCCCAGUGUGCCAGCAGCUGAACAGCCCGACUUGAGACAAUAUCAUGGGAACGGACAAGUUCUCUUGACCCCAGAAGGCCUGAAGGUCCUGCUGGUGAAAGGAGAAGUGCACAGUGCUGCGGCUGAGGUUGUUGUCAACUCCGUUCCCUGGGAUCUUGCACUAGAUAGAGGAGCCCUUUCUAAAGCCCUCUUGGGAACAGCUGGGCCAAAACUCCAGGAGGAAUUGAACACAGCUGGACAAGCGGUGGCCGUGGGCGUGGGCACAGUUCUCCUCACCAGUGGCUGCAACCUGCAGUGCCAGCAUGUGCUUCACGUGGUGGCUCCCAGCUGGAGAAAUGAUAGCAUGUCUGCAUACAAGAGCAUGGAAGACCUAAUCAGGAAAUGUUUGGAGAUCACUGAGAGCCUGUCCGUAAAAUCCAUUGCAUUUCCAGCCAUAGGAACAGGAAAUUUAGGCUUUCCUAAACCUGUUUUUGCCAGACUAAUCAUUUCAGAAGUGUUCAAGUUCAGUAGCAAAAGUCAAGCUACCACCUUACAGGAGGUUCAGUUUCUGCUGCACCCAGAGGACCAUGGAACUAUCCAGGCAUUUUCAGAUGAAUUUGCUCAAAGGACUAAAGGAAAUUUGGACAGAGACGCCAUUCUGAAGACAGAAGAUACACAAGGUGUCUAUGGGUCUGUGUCCAGCCCUCAGCAGGGAGUGCACAUGAUGAAGAUCGGUCCCAUCAUGUUCGAGGUGACCACAGGAGAUAUCACCAAGGAAGAGGCAGAUGUGAUUGUCAAUUCAACAUCAAACACAUUUGAUCUCAAAGCAGGAGUCUCCAAAGCAAUUUUAGAAGGUGCUGGAAAAGAUGUAGAAACCCAGUGUCAACUUCAAGGUAAACAGGGCAAUAGUGGUUACAUAAUCACAGAAGGUGGUUUACUGAAGUGCAAGACUAUUGUUCAUGUUGUUGGUGGAAAUGAUGUCAAGAACUCUGUUACCUGUAUUUUGCAAGAGAGUGAAAACCGGAAUUACUCGUCCAUUUGCCUCCCGGCCAUUGGGACAGGAAGUGCUAAUCAAGACCCAGAUAAGGUUGCUGGAGCCAUCAUAGAUGCCAUUGAAGGCUUUGUCCAGAAAGGAUCUAUACAGGCUCUGAAAAAAGUUAAAGUUGUUCUCUUUGUGCCUCAAUUAUUGGAUGUGUUCUAUGCCAACAUGAAGAAAAGAGGAGCUGAGGCUUCUCCUCAACGAUCCAUGAUGUCUAACAUUGCAUAAUUUUUGGCUUUUUUGCUGUUUUAUUUAAUAUUUUGGGUCCCUUCACAGCAGUCUCAAAAAAAACACAAUUCUUCAGUUUUGAAAAAGAAAAUUGAGUCAACAACUUUUCAGGUGUGUGGUGAAAAUGUGAAAUGUGUAGAAAAUGCCCUCUUUUGGAUACAGAACCUGAUUGAAAAGGAACACUGCUCUUACACCAGUGAAGAUGAGUGUAUCAAAGACUUUGAUGAAAGAGAAGUCACACAAUUGAAUGAGCUACAGAAGAAAUUAAAUAUUGCCAUAUCCUUGGACCAUAAAAAGCCUCUGAUUGAGGUUUUGGGAAUUAGCAGAGAUGUGACUGAGGCUAGAGAUGAAAUUGAGGCAAUGCUCAAGAGAGCAAGAUUGGCCAAAGAACAGGAAUCCCGGGCAGAAUAUGUCCAUGAAUUUAUAGAGUGGCAAUAUAACUAUAAUAACACAUUCCACAGUUUUGACAAAAUAACCAUUCUGCAACUGGAGGAUGCAAGGAGAACAAAGAGAAGGACAGUAGAUGUCAAAAUUAAUCAUCAGACCUACACAGUGAACCUGAACACAUACACUGCUACAGACGCAAAGGGACAUAAUUUACCUGUUCAGCGUGUUAAGAAAUCUGAAGUUGAGAUCCCUGCUCACUGGACUGACAUGAAGCAGCAGAAUAUCCUUGUGGUUGGUCUACAGCCUGGCCAUCCUGAAUAUAGCUUUGUGGCAAGCGAGUUUUAUCAGACCUGUGCAAACUUCAGGAUAGAGAAGAUUGAGAGAAUCCAGAAUCCAGAUCUCUGGAAUAGCUAUCAGACAAAGAAGAAAAUCAUGGAUGCCAAGAACAACCACAUCAUCAACGAGAAGCAGCUUUUCCAUGGGACAGAUGCCGACUCAGUGCCCUAUGUCAACCACAAUGGCUUUAACCGCAGUUAUGCUGGGAAGAACGCUGUGGUAUAUGGAAAAGGAUCCUAUUUUGCAGUCAAUGCCAGUUAUUCUGCCAAUGAUAAAUACUCCAAGCCAGACAGAAAUGGGAACAAGCAUAUGUAUUAUGUGCGAGUGCUCACUGGGCUCAGCACACCUGGAAAUCAGUCACUGAUUGUACCUCCUCCCAAGGACCCCCAAAAUCCCACUGACCUGUAUGACACUGUCACAGACCAUGCGCCAAAUCCCACUUUGUUUGUGGUAUUUUAUGACUACCAGGCGUACCCGGAGUACCUCAUUACUUUUAGAAAAUAGCAUCAAAGUUUCCUUUGGGGAAGACAUUACACAUUCUUAUGUAUCUAAUUUUAAAAAAGUUGUAGCCUUUAUGUUCUUAACUUACUCACUUCCUAGUCACCUCCUCUGGCUUUGCUUUCUAUUGAGGUUGUCUUGAUUGGUAGCUGUGCACCUCUCAUGGGUUCAGGACCUGGGGCGCGCCUGUGAAGGACAAACCAGAGGGAUGACUGUAAGUCCAGCAUGCAGUAAAUCUUUAUUUUGUAGCAUGGUCUUUAUAUACUCCACAUUCUCAAGCAGUAACAAUAGCAUAUUGACUUAUUCUAACUCUGUAUCUGGUGUUCUAAUUCUUGGAACACCGUGUCCAGCCCUAGAUGGCUGAGCCCUUGAACCCACCAAGACCCUUCUCUUGAUAUGUUCUUUUGCUAUCUUUCUUAGAUAUGGCUGCUUGCUCGCAUGACCUAUUUUCUCACAUUCUUAGAGCUCAGACCUGGCACUCGAGAGCAUUCUCCCAAGGUGCAUGUGCUUUCUCAUGCCUUUUGGUAUCUGAGUUCAGAUGCCCAUCAAGAUCAUGUAAGAGCUCUGCCAACAGGUAGCUCCAGGGCCAAAAGGCCAGGCAGUGCCACAGGGAGUCGGUUUACAGUGCACUUGGAAGCUAGACGUGUGCAGGACGCUGGAGAUGUCUCUCCUGGGCUCUGGGGUGAUGCCUGCACUUCAAGUGAGGCAGGUAAAGGGGCCACAGUUGCUGCUGUUUUAACACAGAUGACUUGAAAUGUUUCUUGCUGUUGCUGUUUGUCUUGUAAGCAGUUGGGCAAAGACCCCCAAAAGCUCCGGACAGCUUCCCUGACACUGGCAUCUGCACUGAGGAUUCACAUUGAGACAGAAAUAAAAAGGAGGGCCCUUCUCUCCAAGUGCCCGUGUGUCCCAGGGGUUGGAACUUGGGACAAAACUGAACAUAGGGUGUGUUGAAAUGUUACAGUCCAACAAAUGUUUGCCUUUCAUCUACAGAAAUGUU